CUCUCCCCGCCCGAAGAGGGAAGGCGGGCGGGACUCCCCAACUUGCCCGGGUCCCCCUGGGCUUGCCCGGGUCCCCCUGGGCUCCAUGAAUAACCAGGCGCGGACCCCAGCCCCCUCCUCGGCGCGGACCUCAACCUCAGUCCGGGCUUCCACCCUCACCCCGACACCGACUCCACUCCGGACUCCGACUCCAGUCCGGACUCGGACCCCCAUCCGGACCCAGACUCCAGUCCUGACUCCGUCUCCGGCCCGGCCUCCCGCUCUGGUCCAGACUCCCGCUCCAGCCCACAUCCCCACUCAGGUCCCGACUCCCGCUCUGGUCCGGAUACCCCGUCUGGUUCCGCCUCCUGCUCGGGCCUGGAUCCCUACUCCGGUUCCUGCUCCUGCUCCCGUCCGGAACCCAACUCCGGUCCCGACUCCGGCUGGGACCCUGACUCCUCCAGUCCGGGUCCCAGCCCCAGCCCCAGCGCCAGCCCAGGUCCUGGCGGGGAUUCGGACCGCGCUCCCCGCCUUGGACUCCUACCCGGCCCCGGCCCUACCUUUGGACCCGCCCCCGGAACCUGCUCCGGAGCCGCCUUUGUCGCCCGAGGAGGACCCUGAGCCGGCGCCGAGCCUGAAGCUCAUCCCGUCGGUCUCCAGCGAGGCCGGGCCCGCCCUGGGGCCCCUUCCCGCUCACACUCCUCUGGCCGCGAACUCAUCCGGGCCCACCCUGGACUUCACCUUCAGGGCAGACCCGUUGGCCACCGGGCUGGCAGAUCCCCACAUUCCCAGCUCUGUUCCCGCGCCCAUCCUGGGGACCAUCCCGUCGGCCCUCUCCUUACAGAAUUCGACGGAAAACUUCGUCUCCACCAGCGAGAACUUCGCGCUGGACAAGAGGGUCCUGAUUCGAGUGACCUACUGUGGCCUCUGAAGCUAUAGCCUUCGGUACAUUCUACUGAAAAACAGCCUGGAGCAGCAAUUUCCAAAUCACCUACUCUUUAGGGGUGAUGGCUUUGUGAACGAGUCCGGGCUGCAGAAAAUUGUGAGCGUUAUCUAUGAGGAGAUCAAGAAAAGGUAGCCGGCAAGGGGUGGAGCUGGAGGAGUCUCAGCCGGAUGAUGAGAAGGGCUGAAAUGUUGCCAAGUCAGGUCCUUUUCUGAUGGUGGUUGGGGCUGGGGUGAGCUCAGGGAGGGGGAAGAGGAGAAUACAUGCAGAGUC